GAGGGAAAACAGAAAACAGAGGGAAAUCAUCCCCCUACCGCCGACUGCAGGCAGAGCCGCCCCGGCUCCCAGAGCGGCCGCCAGGAGGCGCCGCUGGUACCGACCCCCCGGCCACCGCUACCUCGUCCAGGAGAGGGGGAACGGCGAACAGUUCCCCCCCCCCCAACCUCGCCUGCCGGCCGUGGCGCGCUGCGGGAGGGUGGGUCCUCCUCGCUGCAGGAAGCGGGAGGCGGUGCGGCGGAGGUUGCGUCACGGCUUCGGAACAGCCUCGGCGGGGAGAUCGAGUUCCGGCUACGUAGCCGGGGCUCUGCCCCGUCCGUCGGCGGUUCCUGGUCCCGCCAUGAGCCAGCCGGUCACCGCCGCCACCUACGUCCGCAGCCUGCGCUACGGGCUGCUGAGGCAGCUGGCCGACUUCCUCGACCCGCAGGAGGGCUGGAAGCGGCUGGCCGCGGCCAUCACCGACCCGGCCGGAGAGAGCAGAUACAGCCAGGCGCACAUCAGGAGAUUUGAAGCAUUUGCGCAAAUGGGAAAGAGUCCCACGUUUGAAUUGCUUUAUGACUGGGGAACAACAAACUGUACGGUUGGUGACCUUGUGGAUCUGCUGAUUAGGAACCAGUUUCUGGCACCAGCAAGUCUUUUGCUUCCAGAAGCUGUUGGGAUGGCACAGGAAGUUACAUUACCUCUUUCUUCACAGGAAACUUUGCCUGUACAUGAGAAACAACAGCCUAUACAGGAAAAAGAAGUGACAUCUGUAAAGCCUGUUUUGUCUCAGAAUACAGAGAAGCAACCUUCAGUCCCUCCAUGUUUAAGUCAAGAAAACAGCAGCACACAAUCUAGUAACACAGAUUUCCACAAUUUUUGCUUUCACGACUUGGAAAGUGUUACAAAUAAUUUUGAUGAACGACCAGAAUCAGCUGGAGGAAAUAAGCUGGGGGAAGGUGGCUUUGGCAUUGUGUUCAAAGGCUACAUCAAUGGCAGAAAUGUGGCUGUCAAGAAGCUUGCUGCUGUGGUUGAUGUUAGUGCACAGGAUUUGAAACAGCAAUUUGAUCAAGAAAUAGAAAUUAUGGCAAAGUGUAAACAUGAAAAUCUAGUAGAAUUGCUUGGUUUCUCAAGUGAUGGUGCUCAGCCCUGUUUGGUGUAUGAAUACAUGCCCAAUGGUUCGCUGCUUGACAGACUUGCUUGUCUGGAUGGCACUCCACCAAUUUCUUGGAAUACAAGGUGUGAAAUUGCUCAAGGUACUGCGAGUGGCAUCAACUUUUUGCAUGACAAUAAUCAUAUUCACAGAGACAUUAAAAGUGCAAAUAUCUUAUUAACUGAGACGUAUGUGCCCAAAAUUUCGGACUUUGGACUUGCAAGAGCAUCAGUAACGUUCACACGAACCAUCAUGACAGAUAGAGUUGUGGGAACAGCAGCCUAUAUGGCACCUGAAGCUCUGCGAGGAGAAAUAACUCCUAAAUCUGAUAUCUUCAGCUUUGGGGUAGUCUUACUAGAAGUAAUAACAGGUCUGCCGCCAGUAGAUGAAAACCGGGAACCACAGUUACUGUUAAGUAUCAAGGAUGAAAUUGAGGAUGAGGAGGCGACAAUAGAGGAUUAUGUCGAUGUAAAGAUGAGUGACUGGGAUGCAGCUUCAGUUCAUAAAAUGUAUUCACUUGCUGAUCAGUGUCUGAAUGAGAAAAAAAACAGGAGGCCAAAUAUUCAGAUGGUCCACCAGUAUUUACAAGAGAUAAAAACGUGACAUGCAUUUCUGAUGCACCUGUUGUCUAAAUGGAGUGCAGACCAGGAGCACGUAGAGAAUUAUAUCAGCACUUACUGUGACAUUAUCAGCCUUUCUGCUUUUCAGAACUUUCUGGUCCACAUAUAAGACAUGCAGGUGGCUUGACACCAUGCUAUUUUUUAAUUUUUUUUUUCUUUUUGUUAACUGGGCAUCUUUUCAUGCAUCUAUAGCCACAGGACCCUCAACAUGAGAAAGCUUUUUUUUCUUUUCUUUUGAUAUAAACAAACGAACUGCUUUGCUGAUACAGCCUUUACAUAGGUUUUUAAACACAUUUCUGUAUUACCAUCUCUUUGACUUCUCCUUGCCACGUAUCAAGUAUCUUUAGCAAAGCAAUGUGAGAGUAACAAGGUGGAUGUUUUUUCUGCAAUUUCUUUUCUUGAGAAGGCCUACUUGACCUUUCUUUACUGAACACAAAAACGUUUAGUAGAUGUAAAUGGCACUUAUGUUAUCUUGUUGGCAGAAGGCAAUAACAGUACCCACAUUUAAACAAACUUAGCAUUUUAGCUUGAGAGUUCAUAUUAGUGUGAACGAACUGGUAACACCCGUGAAUGUGACUAUUUUUUAGAAAGCCUUCUCAGGAUUUAUUUCAUUCAAAUAAGUGCUGCAGAACAUCUGUUAGAUUUUGAGUUUUGCAGGCAGGGCAAUUACAUCACAGUGCAAAUGCAGAAAUGUGUGGCUUUCUUCUGGUGAGCUCUGCUGGUGAACCAUUUAAUCAUUGUUCAUAGGAAGACGUACAGUUACUUCUUAUUUUAUGUGUCAGGAGAAAAGUCCAUGUGAGAUAUUGCAAAUAUUGAUGGUUUAUUUUGUUAAAGGAGUCAAUAAGUUAGGACUAAUUCUGCAUUCUCCUUAGUCAAAUCACUAAGCUCUUACUUACGUGUAUGUAUAUUAAUGAAGUAUAAAAAUACACAAACUUACUGCAGAAAGCUUUCUGUGUUUUGAGGUUUUUGUUUGGGUGGUUUUUGUUUGGGUGGCUUUAUUUAAAGAUUGACAUAUCAAAGCAGACUCAAAAUUGAAUGAAGUGAAUAAGAUUCCAGAUACUUUGGACCAGCAGACUACUGCUCACCUACUCAGUGAAAGAGGUUAUUUUCACAUAACAUAUUUUCUGGACCUCAAAUGCUGGCAGGGGGAAAAAAAAGCUGCUAGAAAUGAGAAUAAAAUCUGUUUAAGUAA